UAUCUUGACUAUAUGAGAUUUUUGUUUGCUACAUGAAUGAAAUGAAAGUCUCUAUCUAUAAAUAGAGCAUCUUUACUUCCCUACAUUCAGUACCAAUUUGCAUCAUCAUUCACUCUCACACUUUGAAAACACCAACAAAGAAAACCAAAAAAGUCACACUCACAUUAAAAGAGAAACAAACCCCUUCAACACAUAAAAAGAAGCAUCUUUGCAUCUUUACAUAUCAUGGUUAAAGCAGAGAAGAAAAUCAACAAAGAAAAAUCAAAGCCAAUGCAAAACCAACCUUUAUCUAUAUCUUCAUCAGAAAUUUCAGCAUCAAAUGAGAAGAAGAAAAAGUACAAAGGAGUGAGAAUGAGGAGUUGGGGUUCUUGGGUAUCAGAAAUUAGAGCACCAAAUCAAAAAACAAGAAUAUGGUUAGGUUCAUAUUCAACUGCUGAAGCUGCAGCUAGAGCCUAUGAUGCUGCACUUUUAUGCCUUAAAGGUUCUUCAGCAAAUUUUAAUUUCCCUUUAAACAAAAAUUCUUCACAUAAUUUCAUUCCUCAACAAAACAACAACAAUAAUAAUGUUGUUAUGUCACCUAAAUCAAUCCAAAGAGUAGCUGCUGCUGCUGCAGCUGCUAAUAAUAUUAAUGAUAUUGCUAUUAACACCCCACCUUCUUCUAAUCCUGUUUCAACAACAACAACUUCAUCUUCAUUGGUUUCAUCUCCAUCAAUGUCAACAUCUUCUCCAAAUUCUGAUCAAAUUCAUGAUAAUGAUGAUGUUUCACUUUUUUCAUCUUUUGGGGCCUACACUAGUUGUGAUCAUCAAGCAAAUGAAUCAAUGGCUAUGAUGGAUUCUUGGUAUGGAUUUGAUGGUUUACAAUCACCAAAACAUGUUAAUGAUCAUAUGCUACUAAGUGAGGCUUUGUUUGAUAUUGAUUCAACUCAAGUGCUUCUUGAUGAUUGGUAUGAAGAAGGUGACAUUAGUUUGUGGAUGUUACUUCUUGAAGUUAUUAUUACUGACUAUGACAGAAUUAAAAUUAUGUAUACUCUAGAAGAUAUUCAUAAAGAGAAAAGACAAUUUUUGGUCUCUCUUUGGUGAAUUUCUACAUAUAUAUGUAUUGUUGAUGCAAAAGCUUGUUAUUUCUAUUUUAUAAUUAAAUAGUUUUCCUUAUGUUUUACAAA